AUGGCGGCAGUAGCAAGGCGAGGCCAGGAUGUGGUUGUGAAGGCCGGGACAAUGGUCAAGGGAGCAGUUGGGAGCGCCCUUGCUGCCGGGUCUGAGGUGGCUGUAGCAGAAGGUAAGGCCUUAAAGGCCGGGGCGGUUGUAGCGCUGAAUGUUAUGGGCGGGAGGCUGGGGGAGAUCAAGGAGCAUGCGGAUCAGGAGUUGCAAGUGAGCCUGGCGGACUGGCGGAGACGAAUGCAGGAGGCGGGGAUAGGGGUGGAAGAGGAGGAAGACAUCAGUGAGUUACGGCAGGAGCGGAUCCAUCUAGGCAACGAGGAGUACGACGCGGGGGCGAUCGUGGGAGGCGACGUGACGAUUCACGUGAUUAAAGCCAUGGAUCUGGGGCUCCGGCCGGAGAAGACGCAUCCGUACACGGUGGUGCAGGUGGAGGGGCGGCGGCUGCGGUCAUCUGUGUGCAAGGGCACGGUGUGUCCGCAGUGGGACGAGCUGCUGGUGUUCAAGGGCGUGUCUACCACGUCCAGCAUGGCUGUUUCCAUCUUCAGCAGCGAAACCAUCGGCUCACAUAAGUUCCUCGGCCAGGUGGUGCUGCCGCUGGUGGACGGCAGGGCGUUGAACCGUGAGCCCGGGUGGCACAAGCUGAGUCGGCGCACGGCGCACGAGACGGUGACAGGCAGGGUGUUCCUCUCCACGUCUUGGGACGCCACAGAGCUCGAGCUCAUGGCGCUGCAGCUGCGCGCCAAGGAAGCAGAGCUGGACGCACUGGAGGAGCGGCUGGCACAGGAGAGGGAGGCGCGGCCGCGCGAGGCCGUCAUGGCAGCAGAGACCCUCGCCAACCCGCACCCGCUGCAGCCCCACAUGCCCUCCUCGGGCCUGCGCACGCCCACGGGGGGCCCCAUGCUGCGCCGCAUGUUCACCCUGCGGGGCCCUGGGGUGAUGGGUGCGGCUGCCUCUUCCGUGUCGCCUGCUGUGGUGCAGCAGCUUGCCGCCAAGGGGCAGCUCAAGGGCCAUGCGCAGGGGAUGGCUGGGGGCGUCUCUUCAGUGUCGCCUGCUGCAGUGCAGCAGCAUGCCGCUAAGGGGCAGAUUAAGGUGAGAGGUGAAGGUGGUGGAGACAAGACACCUGGCAGUGCCAGCAGAGUGGCUGCGCUCGGCGUGUUUGGAUCUUCUCUUCCCUUGGUUUACUCACCUCUCUACUCACUCUCCGCUCACCCUGCUCCUCCGUCCUCCCAUCUGCAGGUGAAGGUGGUGGAGGCGAGGCACCUGGCAGUGCCAGCGGAGUGGCUGCGCUCGGUGCACCGGAUGCGCGCCUUUGCUGCGCUCUCCGUGGUGUCCCCCUCGGGCACGAGCACGCUGCCUGUCAAGACGCGGGUCAUCAACGGCACCUUCUUCCCCAAGUGGAACGAAACGUUCUCCAUCAACGAUGUCGCUCUCACCUCCUCGCUGCGCGUGCAGGUGUUUGACAAGCCAAAGCUGGGUAGCCCGAACCUCCUGGGCGAAGCUACAGUGGACGUCACCACCUUCAAGGACGGGCUACCACAGUACAUGCUGCGGACUCUCAAGCGAAGUGCUGGAAAAGAAGGGGUGCGUAUCUGCCUGUUCCUGCCUCCGUUUUCCUUUUUCCCCAUUUUCCUUGAGCAGGAGGCAGUGGGCGGCAGCAUUCGUCUUCGAGUGCACUGGAUGGUGGACCAUGGGAAGAAGGCAGAGGAGAAGACGGGAGUCAAUUUUAUGGUGAACCUGCACGGGAUGACCGUGUCCGUGGUGGACCGCCUGCCGCGAGAGAUCAUGCUGGUGCUGCUGGAAGACAUCUGCUGCUCCUGGGAGGAGUCGGUGAGCCGCAUGCGGAAUGGGGGAGUAGGGGGGAGUAAUGGGAGAGGGAGAGAGUUGGCUAGACAUGUGAGAGGUGGUUGGGUGGAGGGUGGGUACGUGAGAGAGAUCAUGCUCGUGGUGCUGGAAGACAUUUGCUGUUCCUGGGAGAAGUCAGUGAAGGAGGUGGCGGGCAAGGUGGAGGUGGGAAAACUGCAGGUGGACAAUCAACUGCUCACGGCUCGCAACCCUGUUGUGCUCUCGCGCACCCAGGCCUUCCCCGCAGAAGCCCUGUUCAUGGAGCAGGGCAAGGAGCUGGCGAACCAGGCAUCGCUAGCGAGCAUGCUGAGCACGGACCCCAAGGAGAAGGAGAAGGCGUUCGUGUCAGUGGAGUUUCACGCGCCUGCUGCAGCACCCCUCCAUCGUCUACUACCGCCGCUUUCUCUUCCAGCUUCAAGAGUUCGACCUGGUUUUGGAGGAGGACUUUGUGGACACGGCAGUGGCAUACCUGCAGCAGCUACCCAUGGAGGACCUGCACGCGAUGCCACCAUGGUUUCCCCGAUGUCUCGCCGGAACUUAGUUAAGUCGGAGCCGUUGGAGCCGUUAGUGAACAGCAGCAGCUGGGUGGCGGGCAACCAGGGCCUGCGGACCACGGCUUCCUCUGCGGAAGUUCCCCCUCAUCUCGCUCACUCGAGCCCCGCUGAGGCUCAACAG